AUGGCAGAUUACGACAUUGACCUUCAGUAUCACCCUGGCAAGGUCAAUGUAGUACCAGAUGCUUUGAACCGUUUGCCGCCAGGUGAUCAUGUGUUCCUGAAGAUUUCUCCCAACCGAGACACCAUUUGCUUUGGAAGGCAUGAAAAGUUGAAUCCGCGAUAUGUGAGACCUUUCGACGUAUUAGAGAAAAUUGGAGAAGUGGCGUAUCGACUUGGAUUACCACCCGCAUUGGCUGAAGUGCAUGACUUAUUCCACGUUUCUCAGUUGCAGAGAUAUGUCAGAGAUCCGAGUCAUGUCAUAGAUUUCUCGGAUAUUGAAGUGCGACCUGAUUUGACAUACGAGAAGCAGCCUGUGGCAAUUCUGGACCGAAGAGAGAAGACUCUCCGGAACCAAACCAUUAUGCUUGUUCGUGUGAUGUGGCAUCCAGAUUCUCCUAGCGAGUCGACUUGGGAGACUGAGUCUGAAAUGAGACAACGAUACCCUCAUAUGUUUCUUGAAUCUUAG